AUGCCUGUUUCACAUAUCACCCUCACCGUCUCUCAUCUGCCGACUUCUACGUCGUUCUUCCUAUCUUGUCUGCAGCCUUUAGGCUAUCAGUUCAUUGGGAGACAUGACGAUUAUAUAGGUUUCGGUCAGAAGCAGGGGGAGCCUGCUGAUUUCUGGAUGACCGAACAGAAGCCCGGAGUCCCUCCUGGCGCAGUUCAUGUCGCCUUCCCAGCCCCGUCAAAAGACGCCGUCGGCUCAUUCUUCAUCAGCGCCUUAAAGGCCGGUGGAAAGAUACACGGCGAGCCCAAAGAGCGGGAUUCCCAAACUGGGUAUUUCAGCGCGGCGAUCAUCGACUUCGACGGCAACAGCAUUGAAGCUGUAUACCGGCCGACCAGUAGUGGCGCAUCAGUCAUCUCCGCCGCAAGCGGACCGACAAUGGCUCUGCUGGAGAACAAAGACAGUCGGUCUGUGGUCUCCAAAGUCAGCAGCAAAGCCCCCUCCGUCAAGGCCGAGAGUUUCAGAGCAGAGAGUGUUCGAGCAGAAAGCAUUGCACCUCCAAGGUCCGAGGCUCAUUCUCGAGCUAUAUCAAAGGCGCCUACUGCCAUUGAGCGCUCUGCUCCGACGGUUGUAUCCAAGGCUCAAUCCUAUGCUCCUUCGCAGCAACAACACGGACUUCAGACACCGCCACAGACGCCUCCAAAGACCGACGAUGGCAGCAAAGCAGCCAAGACAAUUGUCGGCACUCUCAUCGGUGCAGCAGCAGGUGCAGCUAUCGCCUAUGCAAUGGUCAAGGGUGAAAACUCUUCCAACACCGAGCUGCCAAGUCCCAUGCAAUACGUGACCAACUUUGCCCAGCUCAAGUCGGCACCCUCCCAAGCCUCUCACGAGGAAGAAGAGCCAGCCCCAAACCAAUUCAGAGCUCUGGAAGCACCACCGCCGCGCAGCGAGUACGCCCCGCGCAGCGAAUACGGCCGCAGCGAGUACGCCCGCAGUGAAUACGCCCGGAGCCAAUAUACAGCAGCCUCAGCCCCGCGUACAACGCUCACACGCAGCGUAACCUCCAAGAAUCCGCGCGCAAGCACGAUCUACGAAGGCACAGAGUUCAUGCACGACGACCCUGGUCGUCGCGCGUCAGAGGGUAGCAUCUACAGCAUCCCCGAGAACCUCCCUCUCCGCGCAAUCGAGUACCCACCCCCGAGCAACGCCUCGCAGCAGCGCUAUCCCUGCAACCCAUCCACCUUCAUCAGCAGCUAUGCCAAUGACAAGCCCCGCAACAACUCCAGCGGCAGCAUUCACAGCUCGUCAACCAUCAAGGCCUCCCAGUCGAACAUGCAGCGUCGUCACAGCAGCGAUGAUAGAGACGGAUACUCGACUCACAGCAGCCACCACAGCCAAGUGCACAGCCAAUCACACAGCCAACAAACCGUCUACCGCGCAGCAUCCACCAAAUCCGCCUCGAUAGCCCCAUCCUCGCACCGCGGCAGCCCACCCUCAGCAACAGGCAGCACCAAAGAACCCAGCAUCGCCCCCUCAACCCGCUCAGCCCGCGACAUCCCCCUCCCCCAAAGCUCCCAAACAACCACCUACACCAACCCCAGCGCCCACAGCAGAGAUCACCACCCCAGCGGCAGCACAACCAAGCACUCGCACAUCUCCGCGCGCCAAAUCCCCCUCCCGCAAGGCUCCAUCUCAACCUUCUACUCCAGCCCCAGCAUCGCCGGCGAAACCUACCACGGCGCCGGCGGCGAAGUAACCCGCACCGCCGACAAAACCUCCUACAUCUCCCUCUCCCCGCGCGACAUCUUCCUGCCGGAAUCCGUCCUCGACGUCGACGUCAACUCCAUCGUCACGCCCGACGACUCCAUCUCCCAGGUUGGCCAUGGUCACCAUGGACGCUCGCGAUCGAGACAUUCGCAUCACAGCCAGGCGCGUUCGCACCGCUCGCGCUCGCGCUCGCAUCGCUCUUCGCAUUCGCGCGCUUCGAAGAGGGAUCCCUCGGUUCACUCCAAGGCUGCGUCGAAGGCUGCUUCCAAGAUCGCUUCCAGGUCCGGCUCGAAGUUCGAGGAUCCUGUUGGUCCGGCGGAUUCUGUGAGUCAGGUUUCUAGGGCUUCGCAGCGUACUGCUAAGGCGCCGGAGAGCCGGAGGGGAAGUCAGGUUGUAUGA